GAGGUGCUGCGCGCCUGCGCGGCAGCGCUGCCGGCGGCGGAUGCGGCGCUGCCGGUGUUGGACGGUGACUGGGAAUGCGCCUGUGACUACUUCCGCAAUGGGAACGUGAUCUUUGUGCCCAUGCGACUCCGGGGCGAUAGAGGCGACUACAUCGCCGACGGCGCGCGGCACGAGAUCUCGCAGAUCCAGAGGCGUCGGGAAGGAUCCCUGGUGGUGGCGGAUUUCAGCUGGAAGAACGUGGCGGGCGCCAGCGGCAAGGGCCAAUGGCUGGUGAGCGUGGAUGGUGCCUUCAUUGCGGGUCAGUGGCGACAGGAUGGUGUGGAGGAAGGCCCAUGGAGUUGGUAUGGCCGACGGAAGCCCUCCCUUGGCAACCCACUCCCACCAGAGCUUGCACGCUCCAGCGCACAGGAGGAGGCGGUUCCAGUGCCUGACCUUGGCCCGUCCAUCAUCCAAGCGGCCCGCGAGCUCGUCGCCACGUACCGUGACAAGGAGCCUUUGGCGAAGGAACGCUUAGCCAAAGCCUGGGAGGACGCUGCACCGCAGCAGCCCUCGGGCACCGGAGGCGACUUGGCGCCUUCGGCGGUGCUGCGACGACGGUGGCUGGCAGCAGGCGAAGAGCUUCGGAGUUGCUUAGGCCUCAGCGUCCAAGGCUUGACGCCCAAGUGGCUCCAGGACCUUGGCCAAGCAGCCACCAUCGCUUUGCUGUUUUUGCUGAGUUUGUUCUUUGCUCGCGCUUUGAACUUGGCCUUGGGCAAUCCAGCAGAUGCUGCCACGUGGUCCCUCUUUGCUGCGGCCUAUGCCGUCAUUCUAGAUCUCGUCCUGCCUAGCCGCAAAGGUCUGCUGGGCUCGGCAGUGUUGGAGGAUCCCGUGCGGCAGCAGCGGCUAAGAACCCUCCGGAGUUGGGAGGAGCGUCCGUGGUCCGUGGCCAAGGUGGUUUGGGGGAUGGGGAGGUAUUUGGGCCGUGAGAAAUGGAAGUCCCUGGCAGGUAGUGACUGUGGAAUGAUGAAGAAUGUAGAUGCAUUAUUUUUUUUUGGAGCCGUUCAACAUAACACACAUAUAUAGAUACGUUUGAGAACUCAUC